AUGAGCCAAAUAGAUGAAUUGGUUGAACAAUGGUUAGCCAUUGAUAUUAACCCCCAAUCGAGAAAUGAAAUCACACAGUUACAGAAACAGGGUAAAUAUGACGUUUUGGAGAAGAAAUUGAGUAAAAGGAUUGCUUUUGGAACAGCAGGUUUGAGGUCUUCUAUGGAAUCAGGGUUCGCUCAUAUGAAUGAUGUCACAGUAUUACAAGCAGCCCAAGGAUUAAUCGACUAUUUGGAUAAGAAAGGAGGUAAUUCUAUUGUUAUUGGGUAUGACCAUCGUUACCAUUCACAAAGAUUCGCUGAACUAACUGCUUCUGUGGCAGUGUUACGUAACUUCACAGUUUAUUACUUAGGGUCAAAAGAUACGUUAUCCCCAGAAACCAUUCAGUUAUCAAAUACUCCUUGGGAGAACAAAUCUGAAGAGAAAUCUUUUGUUCAUACGCCAUUAGUUCCAUUUGCUAUUGAUCAUUUUAAAGCUUCAGCUGGGGUAAUGGUCACAGCUUCUCAUAAUCCAGCUAAUGAUAAUGGGUACAAGGUUUACUAUGGAAAUGGAUGUCAAAUCAUUCCUCCUGUAGACCAUGAUAUUGCCCAAUCCAUUGAAAAUAACUUGAAACCGUGGGAUGGUGUGUGGGACGUCACAAAGCAUUUUUCCAGUGAUUUGGUUCACAGCGUUAAGCCAGAAAUCACUCAAAGUUACGUCAAAGCCGUUGAAGAUAAACUCAUCAAGACUCAAGACCUUGAUUUUAAAUUUGUAUAUACGCCAGUUCAUGGUGUAGGGUUGGAAAUUUUCGAAAAGGUGUUACUGAAGUUCAACAGUAAUAUGAUCAUCACUGAUAGUCAGAAGAAUCCCGACCCGUCAUUCCCCACAGUCAAAUUCCCCAAUCCAGAGGAAAAAGGUGCUUUGGAUGAAGCCAUUAAGACAGCUGAUGCCAACGGUGCUGAGUUAGUUAUAGCCAAUGAUCCUGAUGCCGAUCGAUUCACAGUAUCAGUGAAGGUUAAUGGGAAAUGGACACAAUUGACAGGUAAUGAGAUUGGAUUCUUAUUUGCUCAAUAUGUCAUUGAAACCACUCCAGCUGAUCAAUUGUCCAAUACUUAUCUUUUAAACUCCACGGUUUCAUCACAGAUCUUAUCGUCCAUGGCUCAAAAGGAAGGCUUCCAUUUCCAGGACACCUUAACAGGAUUCAAAUGGAUUGGGAACAAGGGAAAUGAUUUGAAGAAUCAAGGUUUCAACGUUCCUUUUGGAUAUGAAGAAGCUAUUGGGUUCAUGUUUGAUCUCGUUAACGAUAAAGAUGGUAUUACUGCAGCCAUAACUUGGUUACAAUUGUAUCAGAAAUGGUUUACUGGUGGUGAGAAUGCCUUAGAUAAGCUCAAAUCUGGUUAUGAGAAGUAUGGGUAUUUCAAAGAGUGUAAUGGAUAUUACAAAUUAGCAGAUUUAUCUACCACUGAUGAGAUUUUCAGCCAAAUACGUUCAUCAUUCGAAGGGGACCAACCUAAAACUAUUGGUAGUUUCACUGUAAAGUACUGGAGAGAUUUAACUUUGGGAUAUGAAACAGGUACCAAAGAUAAUAAGUCGAUUUUACCACUGGAUCCUACAUCUCAAAUGAUCACGGCUAUUCUUGGUGAAGAUCAAGUCAGAUUCACCUGUAGAGGAUCAGGAACUGAACCUAAAUUGAAAGUUUAUAUCGAAGGUAAAGGAAGUACCGAACAGGAAGCCAUUGAUGUUGCUCAUGAAUGUUGGGAGAUUUUGAAACAACAAUGGUUCAAGCCUGAAAUUUUCAAUGUCACUGAAGUAUUAAAUCAAUAA